AUGGAGCUACAAUAUGUUCUGAUGAGAUUCUUAGGUUGUCACGAGUGCGUAGGAUUUUGCGGAUCUCAAUUUGGAUGUCGUUUGACUAUCGAACGGAUUUUGCAUAUUGUGCGUUAUCCGGGUUCGAUAGGUUCUAACCGUCGGAUCGUUUCCAAAUUGAAGUAUGUUGGAUCACGAAUCGGAGUCUCGGAUGUUCCGAUUCAAUAA